GGCAUUUGUUAUUUUGCAGAUGUUAAGAAUGAAUUUCCCUGAAUCACAGAAGUCAUUUGAAAAUUUGAGUCGUUUAUGGGCGCUUAUUAUGAUAGUUUGUACAGACCUAUUUCGGGAGGUUCUCAGUUACUACAUUAAAACUUCUGACUUGAGAUUAGAGGCUGACAAACAUAGAAGAAAAUUGGAAAUGGUCUUAAAUGUUCCAGAGAAAAGAAUUCUUUAUCCAAUAAAGAAAGAAAAACCACUUGCUUUAACUGACAUGGAUUUCUUACUGCUUUAUAAACUUUUACGCAACAUUUGUCACAUCCCAUUUUCUUCCGGUUGGGGACAAGCUCCACAGAGAGGGGACAGAAGCAUUGGGGCUUGUAUUGAGAGAAUAAGAUUCCUAAGAAAUAUGUUAGCGCACACAAAUGGAAUAGUAGGAGAGGAUGAUUUUGAAUAUUAUUGGGCUGAAUUGCGGGAUGCUGUUGUCUUAAUUGAAGAAGGGUUGAUUGGUGGAGAUAAAUAUCGAAUGAAAAUCGAGUCAUUGCGCACAGGGAAUCUCUCUACGUCACCAGAAAGCAAUCAAGAGGAGCUAAGAAUAAUAAAAGCUUUCCGUUCAGAGCAUCCUGCAGUAGAAACAACAAGUGAUGAAAAAGAAAGAGUACAGCGAGAACGACAUUUUUCAUUUCAGUAUUGCCGGAAAUCCCAAGGGUAUGUUUUUAUUUCGGUUGGGAAGGUAAACAUGGCCGAUAGAAAAAGCAAAGUAUCGAAAAAACUCCGAGGGUCUGCAUUAUCAGCAAAGAAAAUGAAUCAGUAUCAUUAUUUUGACCAACUUCUAACUAUUCUUGAAAAACAUGAUGAGUUCACAACUAGUGCUUUCGGGAUACCCAAGCAGCUAUUCACAGCGGCUGCAGGCACUGUUGUGGGUGGCAUGAUCGGUGGACCACUUGGCGCAAUGGUCGGGGGGGCUGCAGGGCUUACUAUAACACACCUGUGGUCACAGGCGAAAACUCCAAUUAUUGAUGCAUUGAGAAGCCUUAAUAACGAACAGAAGGAAACUGUUGUACGUGUUGUACAGGCUCUUGUUGGGGCUACACCAAUCGGUUCAUUUCUUAAUAAUGCGAGCCAAAAAAAGGAGUUACUUAGCCUCCUGUAUAACACUUUGGUGGAAUUAUUGAAUAAAAGAUAAGUUGGGAUACAUAUAAUCUGCAUAAAGCUUUGAAAGAGUUAUACUCUUUCAAGUAUCAAUAUAUGUUGUUCCGUUGCUCUCAUAGAUUGUGAGUGUGUUUUACAGGAAUUAUUUCAAAUUUUCUAAACUUUGUUGUAAUUAUUUAAUAAAUAUUUUGUUGACAUCUA